UCCGCCCCCCCUCUCAAGCCCUUCUUCCCACUUUGGGGUCUCUCCCACCUCGUGCCACCUCAGCCCAGGGAACUGAGGACAGGCCCUUUCGUCUUCUUCCCUUCCAUGCACCGUAAUAACCCCAAAGGCCGGACGAGCUUGGCCUCGAAAUUCUCUCCAAAACACUGGCUACUGUGUGAAACUGGCGAUUAAAGCAGGAGGAGACAAGCCCGCCUCCCUUCUGCACCGGAGCCUGGGAGCUCCGUGUUGGCGGCCGGCUGCUGUCGCCCGGGGUCGAGCUUGUGCGUCUCUUCCUCCUCUGCCCUUCUCCGCCAGUUAUGCAGACUCCCAGCGGGUGCGGCUGCCGCUACUAGGACCCGAGGCUGGCUGCUCUGGAGCCGAGCAGUGGAAAUGGUCGCUCCUUGCCAAACGGCGGGGCGAGAGCGCGAGCAAGUGCAGAGGGGGGCGUCGAGCCUCUGGGUUGAGCGUGUGCCGCGCGCGUGGGCUCCCGACUGCUCGGCUCUCCGUCCUGGAAGCCCUCCCGUCCCUAAAUGGAAUUAGUGGAGAUCGAAGCCCCUUGUGUAAGGAACAGACAUGAUCCAUGGACGCAGCUUGUUUCACAUUGUAGCAAGUUUUAUCAUCCUACACUGGGCUGGGGCAACAAAAAAAGGAGCAGAAAAGCAAAGCAAUUCAGAAGGACAAAAGACAGUUCAGUGUGGAGUGUGGACAAAAUACCCAGAAGGAGGUAUUUUCACUUCCCCGAAUUACCCCAACAAAUAUCCUCCUGACAGAGAAUGUGUCUACAUUAUAGAAGCUGCCCCAAGACAAUGCAUUGAGUUGCACUUUGAUGAGAAAUAUUCCAUAGAGCCUUCUUGGGAGUGUAAAUUUGAUCAUAUUGAAGUGCGGGAUGGACCUUUUGGAUUUUCUCCAAUUAUUGGUCGUUUCUGUGGACAACAAAAUCCACCUAAAAUAAAAUCCAGUGGCAGAUUCUUGUGGAUUAAAUUUUUUGCCGAUGGUGAACUUGAAUCUGUAGGAUUUUCUGCACAGUACAACUUCACACCUGAUCCCGACUUUAAGGACCUUGGGGUUUUGAAACCAUUGCCAGUUUGUGAGUUUGAAAUGGGAGGAUCUGAAGGAAUUGUGGAAUCGGUGCAGAUUGGGAAAGAAGGGAAAGCUUCUGACACUGAGGCCGUUGAUUGUAAAUGGUUUAUCCGAGCACCACCACGAUCCAAGAUAUAUUUACGAUUCUUGGACUAUGAAAUGCAGAAUUCUAAUGAAUGCAAAAGGAAUUUUGUGGCUGUCUAUGAUGGAAGUAGUUCAGUGGAGAAUUUAAAAGCAAAGUUUUGCAGCACUGUUGCUAAUGAUGUGAUGCUGCGCACAGGUCUUGGAGUAAUUCGCAUGUGGGCAGAUGAAGGCAGUCGAAGCAGCCGAUUCCAGAUGCUCUUCACAUCUUUCCAAGAACCCCCCUGUGAAGCCAACACAUUUUUUUGCCAUAGUAAUAUGUGUAUUAAUAACACAUUGGUCUGCAAUGGACUCCAGAACUGUGUAUAUCCCUGGGAUGAAAACCACUGCAAAGAAAAGAGAAAAGCCAGCCUGCUGGACCAGCUUACAAAUACCAGUGGGACAAUCAUUGGGGUGACUUCUUGCAUUGUGAUCCUCCUUAUCAUUAUCUCUGUUAUAGUACAGAUCAAACAGCCUCGUAAAAAAUUUGUCCAGAGGAAAGCAGACUUUGAUCAAACAGUAUUCCAAGAGGUCUUUGACCCUCCUCACUAUGAGUUAUGUACUCUCAGAGGGACAGGAGCUACAGUGGACCUUGCAGAUCUUGCAGAUGACUUUGAAAAUUACCAUAAACUGCGUAGAUCAUCUUCAAAAUGCAUUCACGACCACCACUGUGGAUCACAAUUAUCUAGCACCAAGGGCAGCCAUAGUAAUCUUAGCACAAGAGAUACACCUAUCUUGACAGAAAUUCAACCCCAGCCUGCAAAGCCCCUUAUCCAGCCUAUGAACAGAAGAAACAUCCUUGUCAUGAAGCAUAGCUACUCACAAGAUGCUGCAGAUGUGUGUGAAAUAGAUGAAAUUGAAGAGGUACCAACCACGAGUCACAGGCUGUCCAGACAUGAUAAAGCUGUUCAGCGGUUCUGCCUCAUUGGGUCUCUAAACAAACAUGAAUCUGAGUACAACACAACUAGGGUGUAAAAGACAACUGAAGACUGCUUGAGAAUAGUGUGUUCCGGGGUGAUUUUGAAUAUACAACAGUGACUUACGAAAGUAUCGGCUCUGGAACUACAAGCUAGAGAUGUUCUGGACUCUGAUGAACUACUCCAGUUCCAUUUUAAAAAAGAAAAAAAAACAUCAGUCAAUAAUAAGUAAAAUUAAUGAAUGGCAAUAAGACCCUUAUUACUAUCAUUUCUUAUUGUAAUCAUAAUUUUUCUUUUCUACUUGUAUUUAUUUUGUUAUUUUGUUACAAAGAAAAGUUACCACUUUCAGGAACAAAUGAUUAAAUCAGGUAUUUAUGAAUUCAUAACCACUUCAACAAAAGUAUCAGUUGAAUACAUAUCUAAGGAUGUGGCAGAAUUUCACACUGAGAAAUUGAUCUGCAUGUAUGUUGCUGAAGAUUUGAACUGGCAAAAAAAAUGUUUGAGAUUCAUUGUAAAAAGCAUGCCUUCAUACUUACUGCUAUUACAGUCCAUUUCUUUGUGUCAUAUGCUUGCUAAUUGUAAGUUUUUAUAUAAUGAUACAUAAAACAAUGUAUAAUAAUUUCUUACACUGAGUUUUGUAGUAUUUUAUUUACUCUAGCAGUUAAGUAAGGAUUCAUAAUGGAUUUACAGCACAUGCAUGGGGUCACAUCUAAGUGUACAUUAAUGAAUCAUUUUUAGUAGCUGAAAUUCUGACAGUCAUCUAGAAGGGAAUGAAACAAGUUUGAGUAAAAUACUGAACUUAUCUUUAAUUUCUCCCAAACACCAAAUAAGGUGAGAUUUCUACGUUUGUUUGU